CGAACUAUCACUCCAAAUGCAGUAUAGCACACUUCGAACGUUCACGUCACAUCUUGCCCAGAACAUGACAGCUUCCCGCGCCGGCCUCAUCAGAAGACUAAGUUGUGGGCCUCAAUUUCAGCCUAGAAUAGUGUCCUCUUUGCGCCCUCAGCUUGCUCGGUUCCUGCCUCAUUUAUAUAAAAGGUACGUGGCUAGCGCGAGAAUUUUGUUUGCUUCUGCAGAAUGCAGACGGAGUAUUCUGCUGGCACCGUUGCGGCGGCAAGGAGUCUGCAGACCUACACGUACAUAUUCACGUCGGCAGCCACAUUCUGGACCUAUGAUUAUGCCUGUUCACUUCACCAAGAGUUGGCGUUCCUUUUUCAAUCUCGCUGGACCAAGGUCAAAGUCCUGUAUAUUGUUACCCGAUACGCGCCUUUUCUCCUCCUCAUCGUGCAUCUAUACCUGAACUAUAUCCCUAAUGAGAACCCUGAUAAAUGCCUGCUAUUGAACAAUAUUUCCACAUGUUUUACCCUGAUAUUAAUGCUAUGCUCUGAAUGCUUUUUCAUCCUCCGAACUUGUGCGCUGUGGACCAACAACAAAAUCGUGGUCACAACCACGGCGACCGCCUGUUUCGCUGUCAUUGUAACAUCCGCCAGCAUCUUCUUUGUCCCUACCACUUCUGCACCGUAUGAGACCAUCCCGAUCCAAGGCAUCACAGGCUGCUACCAGCCCUCGAGCAGCCUCGAGACCUUCGUACCAUUUAUUCUUUUAUUUGCGCUCGAAUUGGGACUCAUCUCGCUCACGCUCAUACGCGCGAUACAAAGCUGGCGGACGACCAACAACCGUCUUUACGUCGUCCUGCUGAAGCAUAGUAUAUUCUAUUAUGCAUGCGGUCUACUUUUCUCGGGGGCAAAUGUCCUCAUGGGUCUACUCCUUCAUUACGCGUACGGCAUCAUGUUCGAAGAUUUCCAGAUAUUCAUCCUUGCGAUCCUUGCCACGCGGAUGCACCUCCAUCUAUGGCAGGUCGGCCGGCACCUACACGACCCUGACAUCCAAAUGUUUAUUCCUCUAACCGACAUGUCAUCUACGAGCCGCACGGGGUGAAAUCGGCCUGCUUGCUUGUUUGGCGCUGCUCAUGGAGUGAGGUUUAUACAGUGCGAGGAGACUGGUCACCCUCUUCGUGCGCACAACGUUUUAGUUGGAUGUGUAUGUAUCGAGAGGUGACUUUGUCAGAUCCGGGAUUCGUGCACUUGGUCUGUUACGUAUUUCACACACUGACGAUAACUUGGCAAGUUAGACUAGCCAUAGAACUCUCUGUACUCGACGCUGCUAAUAGUACUAUAUAUUGUACUUACUGCAAUCAGGCAGUCAGUUAUAUCCGCUCACUUGACUAAAUUUAAUGUUUGGGUG